AUGCCAGCUACUGAAGAAGUUGGUGCUACUGCAAGCGCUACUAACGGUGAUAAUUUGGCUGUUGUAGUAUCAUCUAAUACUGGUGCAACAGUGACUGCACCAGUCGGGAAGAAGCGGAAUAAUAUGAUGAAAAGAAUGAAUGCUAAUGUUCCAGCAACUAAAAGUUUAAAAUCGCAAGCAAAAUCGCAACAUAAUCAUCCACCGUAUGGUAAUAUGAUCAAGGCUGCCUUAUCGGCUACACAGGACAAGAAGGGACUGAGUCGUGCAGCAAUUCUGAAGUAUAUCAUGCAAAAUUUUGCAGUCGGCGAAAAUCCUACUAUGGUUAAUGCGCACCUUAGAAUGGGACUAAAACGUGGCGUCACAUCAGGUGUUCUGAAGCAGAUGAAAGGUACCGGCGCUUCUGGAUCAUUCCGUUUAGCUGAUGCAAAAUCGGAAGCGCCUAAAAAAGUCAAGAAGCCAGCAAUUACAAAAUCUACUACAUCUGGCGAUAUGAAAAUGCUGUCACCGAAAAAAUCGAUGAAAGCAAAAUCUGGCACAAAAAAGGUAACUGCACCAAAGGUUUCGAAACCAAAAGCUGAGCCCAAAAAGAAAGCAAGCACUGUUUCUGCCGGAGCAACCCGAAAAAAUAAGAAGAGUGUUGGCAGACCGAAAAAGGAAGGUUCAGCAGCUAAAUCGAAGCCAGGAAAGAAGUCGGCAAUGGCACAUGCAAAGAAAAAGGUUGCGGCUUAA